AUGAGGGUAUCGGAAUCUAAGACAGCUAAUAAUGUCUACACAUAUUCGAGAGCCCCCGGGCCAUCCAGUGCUGGACUCACGGCGACCGCGUACACCCAUGGAACAUCGAAAAUGCCUCCGAUGGAAGAAAACUUUGAACAAGAAACACCAAGUUCGAAUGAUACAAUUCAAGCGCGUGUCAAAGAAGUUAAGCUUCUAGCGAACGUGGACGACGAGAUGAAAUAUCGCAUUGAUCUUGAGCUGCCCGAAGGAUCAACGUACGAAACGGGCGAUGUUCUGAAGAUAAUCCCACCGAAUAUUCAACAGAUUGGUGAAGGUUUUCAGCAACGCAUGAGGAACGUACGCAAUAGCAUGGCUAUUUCUGGGGGCACCGUCCUAUUUUCAGAGGCCGAUAUGUGUCAACCUACGACGCUCGAGCAACUGGAGGGUUUGAUGCAAUGCUGCACCAACGAUUAUGACAGAGCGAUAUUUCAGGCAGCCAGAAAGAGCUUCUGCGGAGCGCCGAACCACCUGAGACCGUCCGUCUUACAACUCCUCGAAGGAUAUCCCAGUAUCAUAAUUCAAGCACAUCAACUAAGUGCCAUACUGCCGGAAAUGUCACCUCGAUCGUAUUUCAUUUCAUCAUCACCACUCAAAUCACCAUCUACAUGCUCGCUGAUAUGCUCCAUGGCCAUCCGCAAGACCCGUGGUUUGAGUAAUGAGGACGGCGACACCUCGAUUGGCAUGGCGUCACAUUAUCUUUCUCAACUAAGAGCAGGCGACUCUGUGGCCUGUAGCGUAGAAGCAUUCAAUACGUGCUUUCGACCACCCACAGAAUUGAGCACCCCGCUCAUCAUGAUAAGCGAUGGGGUCGGUAUCGCCCCUUUCGUUGGAUUUGUAAUGCAUCGAGCUGAGCAGCUACGCCGACGUCCGGCUCUGUGGGACAUCAUUGCACCAGCUUUGCUCUUCGUUGGCUGUCGCAGCUUGGAUGAUUCGUUUUGCGUAUCAGAACUUGGUAGCAGUGGGGUCGUCGAUGUGCGGUACGCACUGUCUCGUGGAGCCGGAAACGACUUCCAAGGCGACGUGCAGGAUAGGGUCUGGGCUGACCGCCAGGACGUCAUGACGCUAUGGAAUAUCGGAGCGAAGGUUUACAUUUGCGGAAGUCAGUCUACUUGUAUUGACACAGAAGAGGUUCUGAGAAAAAUGGUCAUGGAAGGUAUGGCGCGAAGGGAGACAAAGACGGAUGAAAGCUUUCAGGCAUGUUCUGAUGACUUCAAGGCGAGAUGUGUCUUUGAGACCAUAUGA